AUGGCCUCUACUGUUCAGCUUCACCGCAUCAACCCCAUCAAGCACGCCGCGCAGGAACCGCAGGUUAAGCCGACCCGUUUCUGCCCAGUCCCGGCGGACGUGGGGGCGCCGGAGUCCGUCCUCCGCCGUCACACCCAUGCCGUGGCUCCGGGCCAGUGCUGCUCGGCGGCGGUGCGGUCAAUCGCCGCACCGGCGGCCGCCGUGUGGUCACUCCUGCGGCGAUUCGGCGAGCCGCAGGCGUACAAGGUGUUCGUCCGGGGGUGCCGCGUGGUCCGCGGCGACGGCGGCGUUGGGACCGUCCGGGAGGUGACGGUGGCGUCAGGGCUGCCGGCGGCGUGGAGCACCGAGAGGCUGGAGGUGCUGGACGAGGAGGCGCACGCGGUGGGCUUCAGCGUGGUCGGAGGAGAGCACCGGCUGAGGAACUACCGAUCGGUGACCACCCUCCACGCGGCGGAGGGGGGUGAAGGCACGGUGGUGGUGGAGUCGUACGUGGUGGACGUGCCGCCGGGAAACACGGCGGAGGAGACGUGCGCCUUCGUCGACACCAUCGUCCGGUGCAAUCUGGAGUCGCUGGCGAACGUCGCCGAGAAAUUAGCGAGAAAUUGA